AUGGCCAUUAACUUGCUUGAGAGCCUUCCUCGUGUUUCUGGAGUAUCCGAAAAGUUGCAAACCAAGUUAGCCCGGUUGACUCGAUGGCCUACCCGACGUCAGCACAGCCCUCACCAAAAGCAUGGGACUCACAAUUCGGUCACUGCAAAGGCUGCUGCAAACGAAAAAUAUCUCCGAAGAUCACCAUCAAGAACCUCUUAUUACAAUUAUUAUCAUUAUUGCCAGAACAGUAACGAGAACAACAACAGUAACAAACCCGAGAACUGUAGCAGAAUCAGCAACAGCAGCGGUGGCAGCGGUGGCAGUGGAACUAGCACCAAGAAUAGAAACAUCAGAAAUGAAAAGGGCAACAAUAUGAACCUCAAUGUCAGUGAUGUUUACUUUCACAACGGCUGCCAGACGAUUUGCUCAGAAGAUUUGACCGCAAGUCAGUUCGCGGACAUUACAGGCAUCAGGAUCCACCAGUCCGGAAGAUGCCCAGAAUUCUCCCCGUCUGACCAGAAAAUCUACCUUGCAACACAAGAUCCAUCCCAGGAAGAUUCAACACACGCGCCUCGGUUUGGUCCGACUCGAUCCAGGAACCUGUCUAUCUGGGAUUCGGACUUUUGGAACCAAAAGCAGCACAAGCAUAAGGAACACCAGGAGAACCACCAGCACCACAACCACCACAACCACCACAACCAUAAGCAGCACUAUCAGGAACACAAACCGGAGCACAAGCAAAAGCAUAAACAGAAGCAUCAUCAAAGCCAGAAUAAUAAGGACUCGGAUUCGGGCUCGGAUCAACAGAGACUCAAAUUGCAAGACAAGUGCCACGUUGAAUCCAAACCUCAUUACCACCAUCAUUCCAAUACUUCCUGUCAGUCGCACCAGUCCUUAAACCAGCUGAACCCUAAUUCUGGUAUCUCUCUACAGAGAACAAUCUCCUCCGGUGGCCAGACUACAUACUCUAGCAUUCGGUCUAGCAAUUAUACCCUCCCUGUCGAUGAGACACCCUUUAUCUCCUCUCUACGCCUCCAGUCAAACUACGAACGUCGUCCAAGUGUAGUUCAAAAAGGACGGUUCAAGAUUGAAUUAGAAAUCGGAAACGGAAACGAAAACGGGACUACCAAUGGCAAUGGCAAUGGCGAUGGCGAUGGACUCGAUAAUCCAGCUGCUACAACUACAGCUAUCAGUACAAGCGAUAACGAUUCAAUGGCUAGCCUUGCCACUACCGAAUGCAAUGUCGUUGAAUGGAAACGAAAAAGGGCCUGUACUUCAUGA